CAAGUGUGUCACUUCCUUUCCUCAUGUGAUAGACGCUGAAAUACUAUGAGAUAAAGGUUUUAGGUUUCAAUUGGGAAGAGAGGGAAGUGGACAAAUCAGGGCUGUGUCUUUAGGAGCAAAGAAGAAUGGAACAGGGGGAUCCCUUUCUGGAUCAACAGGAAGACAGUGAUAGCUGCUCGGAAUCUGUGAAAUUUGAUGCGCGCUCAAUGACAGCCUUGAUUCCUCUGAAUCCUAAAAAUGGCGCCACCAUUCAGGAGAAAUUGAAGUUCUUCAAAGCUGCAUUGAUUGCCCUUUACCUCCUUGUGUUUGCAGUUCUCAUACCUAUCAUUGGAAUAGUGGCAGCUCACCUUCUGAAGUGGGAAACGAAGACAUGCGUGGUUGGUUCAGUUAAUGAACAUGGUGCAUCUCAAAGUCUCCAAGGAAGAGGAAAUAGCAGCGAAGAAGCGACCAGGUUUCCAGAGGCAGAAGCCAGUCCUGUAGAUUCAGAGCAGUUCCAGAAUUUCAGUGUGACCACUGAUCAGAGAUUCAGUGAUGUUCUUCUCCAGCUCCGAGGCUUGGUUUCCUCUGUCCGGGAACGUGGGGAUGCCCUGGAUGAACUCGCCCAGUCCCUCACGGCCCUGAAUGUCACAUUGCUUGGGGUGCAGCUCGGGAUGGACAAGCUGAAUGACAAAAUCCAAGAGAACGCGAUUAAGCACCAAGAGGAAAUCAGCAAGUUGGAGGAGCGUGUGUCCAAGGCAUCAGCAGAAAUCACAUCAAUGAAAGAAGAACAAGGGCAUUUGGAGAAGGAAAUAAAAGGAGAAGUGACAAUAUUGAAUAACAUCACGAACGACCUCAGACUGAAAGACUGGGAACAUUCACAGACCCUGAAAAAUAUCACGUUAAUUCAAGGUCCUCCUGGACCUCCAGGUGAAAAAGGAGACAGAGGUCCUCCUGGAGAAACCGGUCCACAAGGCAUUCCAGGUGCAAGAGGUCCUCCAGGUCUCAAAGGUGAUCGAGGAGCAAUUGGUUUUCCUGGAAGUCGUGGAUUACCUGGGUCAACUGGAAGGCCAGGAAAUCCCGGACAAAAAGGCCAGAAGGGGGAAAAGGGGAGUAGAAGCACAACAAGAUAUAGUUUGGGGCACUAAAGAGUCCUUAUCAGAGCAACAUGAAUUCUGCUAAAUCAAAGAAGAAAAAAACACCAAAUUUAUGAUGAAGCUUGCUGGAAGAAUGGUAAAAUCAUCGAUGCUUUAUGCAAAGCUUAUGAGGACAAUGACCAAAAUUAGCCAUUUACAGAUAGAUAACUGAUUUUAAGGAAGGAUAAGAUGAUGUUGAAGAUGAAGUCAACAGCAGCAGGUUAUCCACAUCAGCUUAUCAAGAAAGAAUUAAUCUUGUUUGUGCUCUAAUUGAAGAGGACCAAAAAUUAAUAGCAAAAACAAUAGCCGACAUCAUAGACGUCUCAAGUGGUUCAGCUCACACGAUUCUGACUGAAAAAGUUCCUGUUGGUGGGUUCCAAAAUCCUUGCAUCCAGAUUAGCUGGAGGCAAAAGCAGAGCUUUCAAAGGAAAUGUUAAAUAACUGGGAUCAAGAACCUGAAGCAUUUCUUCGAAGAACUGUGACAGGAGAUAAAACAUAGCUUUACUAGUACUAUCCUGAAGACAAAGCACAAUAAAGGAAUGGCUACCAAGAGGGGGACAUGGUCCAGUCAAAGCAACAGGAGUCCUGUCAAGAACAAGGUCAUGGGGACAGUAUUUUUGAAUGCCCAAACAGUGAUAACAUCUGCUUAUUAUGAGAGUGUUUUGGGAAAGACAGGAAAAGCCGUAGAUCUUUAGCAGAAAAACACCUGUGAAAGCAUCAUCAGAGAGUUUUUUCAGGCAAUGUUCCUGCCCAUUUCUCACAUCACACAAGGGCAAUAUUGUGAGAGUAUUAAUGGGAAAUUAUGAUCCACCUGACAGUCCUAAUUUCGUUUCUUCUGACCUCAUUUUGUUCCCUAUUCUUAAAAAAAAAUCUUUAAAGCUCCCGUGUUUCUUCAGUUAAUAAUGUAAAAAAAGGUAGCUCCUUUAAAUGCCCAGGACUUUGGCCGUGGACUGAAGGACGGAUAUCAUCCUGUUAAC